AUGCCGUAUGUGACUGCGGUCCUGGCAAACCCUACCCAAAACCAGAUCCAGGUACAGGCGAAACCGUUUGUCAGCCCCCCUGCACUUGUGAUGACCUUCUGGUAUAGCGUUCAUAAUCACUUCCCAAACCCAUCCAAGGCAGGGAACGAAAGCAUCUUUGGCGGCCACGAUUUGAACCGAUCCUGGAGUUACCACCUCGUCGAUCUGCGCCGUCAAUCUUGA